GUAUAACGAUUGAAAAAUUUCCCCCAUUUUCAGAAAUGGCGCUGAGAAGAGCAUCGUUCCUGAUAAUAUUAUCAGCGGUGAAGUUGUCUCGAUGCGCGUUGGUGCUUCCACGUCCUCCUCACUCUCCGAACUCCAUCGAGCAGAGUAUCGCGGGUCGAAUAUUGGAUGGAAAAUCUUUGUACAACGACAAGUCUUCGUUCGGGAGUACGACGAACGUCGAAAAGCCAAACACGGACGACUUUCGGCUCCUGGAAAUCGAGUUGCGUUCCGGAAGUUCAUCGGAAGGCGUCAAGAAAACACCGGCUAGCGGUAAGCUGGACGUUUUCGACGAGAAGAUCUCGUCGAUGCCCGGAGAAAUCGGCCGCCAUGAAGAAAAGCUCUACUACCUCAAGCAGGCAGGCCGAAAACGGACCAGCUGGGAGCCCAGGUCCUACCUGAAGGCUCUACUCGAGGGUGAGAAACGCUACGCCAUCACCAAGAGCCUCUUUUACCCGAGAAAGAAACACGGGAGGAUCGUCGACGCGCUGGAAAACGAACAACUCGAAACCUCUACUACGGAGAAUUCACUCCCCACGUCCAGCGAACUUCCAAAACAGAUUCCACCACCCCCUAGCAGGGUGCCAAGUCUUACGAUUAUCGCCCACACAACCCCGGUCCUCAAAUUCAUGUCCGGGAGGUCGGAUAUACUUCCUGGUUAUAAAUUUUGAAGAAGGCCUAGGGAAUUUUGAAAAUUUAUAACUAGAUAACUGAUUAUUAGAUUCGAUUUGGAGUUGUUUUAUUGUUAGUCAUUUGUAAGUGGGUCG